AUGACGAAUCUGGAUGUAAGCAAUAGCAGCACAGACAGUAGCUCUGGUUCUACUUCUGAUUCAAGCAGUAGUGGGACUUCAUCUACUAGCUCUGGAUCGGGGUCUAGUAGUUCUGACUCUGAAUCAUCAACUUCUGAUACUCCAGCAACUGUACCACCUGCACCAAAAUCUCCUAAACCAAAUCCAGUACCUGUAGAGGAACCAAAAAAGAAAGAAGAACCUAAACCACAGCCAACAGCAAAAUCAAAAGCCUCAUCAUCAAGUGAUGAUGAACCACCAAAACCAGCAACUCCUAAACCUAUGCCUCCUAGACGACGAUCUACAAAAAUAAAAAAUGCUGCAUCUGUACUUGCUAAAGUGAAACCUUCAACCCCACGGGCUACUCCUGGAGCCAAAUCAAAAGCUAUAUCAAAAACUAUACCAAAAACUUCUAAACCUGACAAUUCCUUAAAAAAGAAGAGUAUAUUCUCACCAGAUAAUAGUUCUGAAUCAGAAUCAGAGAGUAAAGACAGUAAAACAUCUAAAACAAGCCCUAAAGCAUCUCCAAGGAAUAAGAAAAUAACAAGAAAAUCAAGUGAUGAGAAAGAGCCACUGCCAUCACCAGUCAUUGUCCAAAAUGAAGACUCAAAUUCAAAUUCCAAUAAUUCAAACUCCAAUAAUUCAAAAGAUUCCAAGGAAUCUAAAGAUUCUAAAGAUUCAAAAGAUUCAAAGGACUCAAAGGAUUCUAAAGAUUCAAAAGAUAGUGCUAAAAGACGGGCUAGUCGAUCAAAUGGGCCACCACCAAAGAAGGCAGUGGAAGAUAAGAGUGCAUCAUCAUGUUCCUCAAGUCAGUCUUCUGUAGAAUCUGUGUCAUCAGAGAGUGACAGUGAGCCUACUAAGAAAGAGGAUUUGAAGACAAUCAACAGUAAACCACCUUCAAAUGCUAGUAGUAAGCAGGAAGUAACAGGUAAAAGCGGUGAUUCCGAGGAUUCCCCGACUGGUACAAUGCCGCGCAAACUGACCAGGUCUCUGUCGGCGCGCGUCACACGAAUGGCCACUGCGACUAAACUCACUCAUACUGAUACAGACUCGGAAGCAGAGGAAAAGAGAGAAGAACAGAGAGAGAGUAAAGAUGAUAAAAGGUUAGCCAAAGCGCGGGCAGCGAUAGCGCGCUCCCCCGCCCUGCCGGUCACAUCCACCGCGCUCUCGGAUAGACGGUGUCCUGUGAGAGAUUGCGAUUCGUCUGGACAUCUUGGUGGUAAGGCCCCGCGUCACUUCACGUUCACGGCGUGCCCCACGUACCACAACGUGACGGGCGCGUGGUGCGUGGCGGCGGCGGAGGAGCGCGCCGCGGCCGCCGCCACGCGCCGCCGCGCGCUCGCCGCGCUGCAGCAGCGCCCGCGCGCCAUGCCCACCAUCGAGCAGCGCGCCUACCAGCUCAAAGUCAAGGAUAUGAGAUCUAAAUGGAAAGGCAGUCAAGAGCUCCGGUCUAUGCCGUCUAACGACGAACUGGGUGAAGAAAGAGAGCCGGUGCUAGAGGGCUUCGCGCCAGACUACGACCUGAGGCUGUUCAGAGACGCCCAAGCCUUGGCUGCUGUGAAGAUCGAGGAGGAGCUUAAUGAUAUUGCUGCAGAUAAUGGCACCAGUUCGUCGGGCAGGUACGUGGUGAUGGGCAAGUACAUGAUGGAGGUGUGGUACGCGUCGCCGUACCCGGGCGCGGCGGCGCGCGUGCCGCGCCUCUUCGUGUGCGAGUUCUGCCUCAAGCACCAGCAGUGCGCCGCCGGCGCCGCGCGCCACCGCGCCAAGUGCGCCUGGCGCCACCCGCCCGGCGACGAGGUGUACAGGAAGGACAACCUAUCGGUCUGGCAAGUGGAUGGUCGCAAGCACAAGCACUAUUGCCAACAGCUCUGCUUAUUAGCAAAGUUCUUCCUCGACCACAAGACGCUCUAUUACGACGUAGAGCCGUUCCUAUUCUACGUGAUGACGUGUGCUGACACCGAAGGCUGUCAUAUUGUCGGAUAUUUUAGUAAGGAAAAGAACUCGUUUCUCAACUAUAACGUGUCGUGUAUCCUCACGCUGCCGCCCUACCAGAGGCAGGGCUAUGGGCGGCUCCUUAUAGACUUCAGCUAUCUUCUCACGAAAGUCGAGGGGAAAGUUGGAUCGCCCGAAACACCUUUAUCUGACUUGGGCCUUAUAUCGUAUCGGUCGUAUUGGAAGGAAGCAUUGCUAAAGAGGCUAUGCUCUGCACCCGGACCUACUCUCUGUAUACGAGAUUUGAGCAAAGAUCUUGCUAUCGCGUCGUCGGACAUUGUGUCGACUCUGCAGGAGCGGGGGCUGAUGAAGUAUUGGAAGGGAAAACAUAUCGUGCUCAAGAAACAGAUUUCAUCAUUAGGAGGUGUUAGACGACGCGACCCGUCGCGCGGUGCGAGCGCGCUGCGUGGACCCGCUGUGCCUGCGGUGGUGGACCGGCGCGGCCCGCUGACGCCGCGCCCCCCGCGCGCGCGCGCCCCGCCCGCCCCGCCGCGUCCUCAUGCCGCUCCGCCCGCCCAGCAGCAAUGCGAGGAGUUUGUUCUAAGUGCAUGUGGUCCAUGUGGACUUAAUGGUCCAUAUGUUCUACUGGUCCAUGGUGGGGUGUGGGUGUUG